AAAAGAGCAAGUCAGUACUCUGUAUCAAAACAUUAACAUCGUGGAACCAAGACUAAUUCAACCAUAUGAACAUGUUAUCAAGAACUUUGUCCGGGAGAUCAGAUUGCAGAGCACAGAAAUGGAGAACCUAGCCAUUGCAGUGAAGAGAGCCCAGGACAAGGCAGCCAUGCAGCUGAGUGAGAUGGAAGAGGAAAUGGAUCAGAGGAUUCAAGCUGCAGAGCACAAGACACGGAAAGACGAAAAACGCAAAGCUGAAGAAGCACUUAGUGACCUCCGACGCCAAUAUGAAACAGAAGUUGGGGAUCUUCAAGUGACUAUAAAAAAACUCAAAAAGCUAGAAGAACAAUCAAAACAUAUAAGUCAAAAAGAAGAUGUAUCUGCAUUAAAAAAGCAAAUUUAUGAUUUAUCAAUGGAAAAUCAGAAAGUUAGGAAAGAUCUUUUAGAAGCACAAACAAGCAUAGCCUUUCUUCAGAGUGAAUUGGAUGCUUUGAAAAGUGAUUAUGCUGAUCAGACUCUGAACUCUGAAAGGGACCUGGAAAUAAUCCGCGAGUACACAGAAGAUCGAACUAGUCUUGAGAGACAAAUUGAAAUCCUCCAAACAGCCAACCGGAAGCUGCAUGACAGUAAUGAUGGCCUGAGAAGUGCUCUAGAGAACAGUUAUAGCAAGUUCAACAGAUCUUUGCGCAUAAAUAAUAUUUCUCCAGGAAAUACAAUUUCUAGGAGCAGCCCCAAAUUUAAUGGUCAUUCUCCUCAACCUCUGCGUUAUGACAGGUCAUCCCGCUCCUCCUUCGUGGACGAGGACUGUGACUCUCUGGCCCUCUGUGACCCCAUGCAGAGGAUGAACUGCGAAGUUGACAGUCUGCCAGAGAGCUGCUUUGACAGUGGCUUGUCUACGCUGAGGGACUCCAAUGAGUAUGACUCUGAAGUGGAGUACAAGCACCCGAGGGCCUCUCAAAGGUCACAGUGUGCCCGGGAGAGCUCUGGAGGGGAUGCUUCAGAUACAGAUGUUCCUGAGAUAAGGGAUGAAGAGAUAUAUGGUUCUGUCUUGGACUGGAAGCCUCCAGGGCCUGUGAGUGAAGGCAGCUCUGUGAGUUCUUUGAGAAAACCGAUUUCAGCACUUUCACCACAGACAGACAUGGAAGACGACACCCAGAAAGCUAGCUCACAGAAGGCUUACAAGAUUGUGCUUGCAGGGGACGCUGCAGUGGGGAAAUCUAGUUUUCUCAUGAGACUUUGCAAGAAUGAAUUCCGAGGAAAUACAAGUGCCACUCUGGGAGUUGAUUUCCAAAUGAAAACUCUCAUUGUGGAUGGAGAACGAACAGUCCUGCAGCUCUGGGACACCGCUGGUCAGGAGAGAUUCCGAAGUAUUGCCAAGUCUUACUUCCGAAGAGCAGAUGGUGUUUUGCUGCUGUAUGAUGUCACAUGUGAGAAAAGCUUUCUCAAUGUACGCGAGUGGGUGGACAUGAUUGAGGAUGCGACUCAGGAAAGUAUUCCAAUCAUGUUGGUCGGAAACAAGGCGGAUCUUCGUGAGGAUGCUGCUGUGGACGCACAAACCUGUGUUCCAGGAAACAUUGGAGAAAAGCUGGCCAUGAACUAUGGGGCAUUAUUCUGUGAAACAAGUGCCAAAGAUGGUUCAAAUAUAGUGGAAGCUGUUCUACAUCUUGCUCGGGAGGUGAAAAAAAGAACAGAUGCGGAUGACAGCAAAUCCAUUACCAACUUGACAGGAACCAAGAAGUCAACACAAAUGAAGAAUUGUUGUAAUGGCUAAACCCCAAACAUCCUUGACCUCUGAAACCUGCAUAUUUAUCAUGCUGAAUUGAUGUGACCUAUUUGAUUUUACAUACAGUGGUGUGGUCUUUGACCACUAUUAUAUGUAGAGUUACAACAUGGAAAACCCCAAACCUAGGUUGAGUCUCAAUAAAAGAUUGUGCCCUCCGGUUAAAUGCAACUGUUUUGCCCUGACACAGUGAAAAAGAAAAGUCUACAUCUUUUUAAAGCGGUAAAACAAACACAAAACACAUGCUCAGAUAAAGUUGUAAAGAAACUUGCUACAGUAAUUGGAUUCAUGUAGUACCUGGAUUUGUUUGGUAGCCUAUGGCAACACGUGCUUAGAAUAUUUGAUGCUAAAGUACUAGUAAACAGGGAUCGACCGCCUGAUUGAUAAAUAGCCCUGUGUCCUUUGAUGGGCGCCCAUCCACGUUAGACCUCUUUCCUCCUCUGAAGCAAAUGACUCAGUCUGGAAGUCUACCCUUUCUGAACCCUAGGAAUGAAUGCUCAGAUUCCACUGGGCGUGAAGCAGAAGGAACGAGAGAAUGAUGGCCAGUUGAUAAGGACUCUUGAUAUUUAUGAAUUUUUUAAUAUUGGUAUAUCAAUUGAGUUUUAUCAUUGCUUAAAUAAAAGCUAAAAAUGGUAUUGUUUCAGGCUUCUGGGAAUAUAGAAAUAUAUUUUUUAAAUAUAAAGAAAGCAUUUUUGAGACAAAAAAAUAGUUGUUUAUGUCAAGGGAAAUUUAAAAAUAUCAGAAUAGUAAAAAUCCAAGAUUUAACAUAAAUCUUUGUUUGGUGAAAAUAUGUACAGCCACAAAAUACUGAAAGUUCUUUGCUUGAAGAGAUAAUACCACUUAGUGGUUGCCAGAGGCUGGGGAGCAGGAGGGGAUGUCUCGUCAUGACUAAUGAGAACUCAAUUUCAUUUUUGGCAGGUGAAGAGGUAACAAUGGCUGUACAGCUUUGUGUCUGUACUUAAAGAUCAGUAAAAGGAAAAAUGUAUGGUGUGUUAAUUAUAUCUUGAAGAAAAAUAAACUAGCACUUAAAGCAGGUUAAUUUUGCCAAAGUGAAAACAUGCAUGCUUACUUCAAACCUUCCCACGGUUUAAAAGUCUCCACUAUAAUGCAAAUCCUGAGCUUCCCAAUCUGUCUGAUGAACUCUUACCCGUCAUAAACGAGGAAAGAAAAUGUGAAGUUUGGUGUUUGGACAGUAACCUGUGUAAAAUGAAGUGGCCACUGAUAAAGGAAUACCAGAGUGCUCCAUUAGUACUCAGAGUCUUGCUCUCAGCCCUCCUCAAGGGGGACCGAGACACCUGCUGUCAUUGACUUGAACCAACUUUAUUAAUCACAGCAAGAGAUUUCACUUAACUCUCUUCGUAUAGGCCCGGGUCCCCGGUGGCUUGCUGUAAACGCUUAAAUAUCUGUUAUUUUUAUAUUACAGUUGCUGCCCAGUUUGACUCACAGUGACCUCAUGUGUCUCAGAGUAGAACUCUGAUCCAGAGGAUUUUCAAUGGCUGAUUUGUCAAAGACCCAUGGCGGUCUUUGAGGACACAGCCUUGUGGGUUUCAACCCCUCACCCUUUGACUAAUAGUUGAGGACUUAACUGUUUGUUCUAGCCAGUGACUCCCUUUGAUUGUAUUAUACAAGUUCAUGUAAGCUAAAAAUGUUCUUCUUGUUGAAAUAAGACAAUUCUAUGGAGGGAUCCUAUUUGUUUUUCUUAUGAUCAUAACUUAAAUUCUCCAAGGUUCAUUUUUUAUAAUGAAAAUUGACCAGAUAAGUCACACAAAGCUAUUAUCAAUAGCCACAGCAUCAUUUAGCUUUUAAAAACAUGCUUUCUCUCUUUAUUGUGGCAUUAGGAUUUUUAGUGUUACUGGGAAUUCGAGUCUGUCCCUAGCACUUCCACCAUGAAUACCUAGUUCAUAGUCCUGGAGAUAAAGAUUACUCUUUUCCCAAAGUGGAUGAUGGACUUUGUGAGGUGUUAAAACAAAUGGGACUGAGGAGUGGUGGCUUGUGGUCUGGUGAGACAAAGGUUUGCUACCACUAAUGACCUUAGUAGUAUCUCUGGAGGCCAAGUUCAAAUGCAGCUGAUAAAUGUAUUCAUGUGAAAGACACAGUCUUAGUAUAUAUGUUAUCUUGUUACCUUUAUUUAUUUCCUCCUGACAUUUUUCUUUAUAAAUUAUUUCACAGUCUGUAAAUAAGAGCAUACAUUUGAUACACAAGUAUUAUCUUGCCUUUGCCUCUGAAUUGAGCCAGCACAUUCAAAUUAAUUGUAGAUUACAUAGAUGCUUACAGUGGACAAAGCAAUCAUGUUUAACUAUUUAAAUUAGAUAAAUAUUUUUUGGCAACAUAAUCCAACUAGAGAUCGAUAGCUCUGGUUAACUUUUGUUUGAACAAAAACUUCUUAAAGCUCUUUAAGCUACAUUGCUUAGAGAUCAUUACCAACAUUUUGAUUCUUAUGAUGUUCUCAAAUUUAGGUUGUAGUUUUAGCAAAACUAAGAGUAUUCCAUGUCUGUCGCUUAGAUUUAAGUUGAUAUAUUUGCAUAUUCCUUUGCUAGUAAUUACCUUGCCUUUAUUUCUCUUUUGAGACCUUUAAACUUCACAAGUAUGCUACAAUCCUGUUUGAUUUGUUUUGACUUCAUCAUGGAAAAGAAUGUGGGAGAAAGAAACGUGUUUCCCUCCUAACGUUUAGCCCCAUGCAUUUUCUUAAUUUAUUUGAUCCCCUUGCUGCCUCCUAUGACAUAUGUGACAUUUGAUUAUUUAAUGCUAAGUGCAAUUUGCAUAAACCCAAGUUACACAACCCUCCUGCUGAAGAUAAAGUUGAGGUUAAAGAUAAAGAUUUAUGUUCCUAUUUGUACAGCUAUUGGCUUCAGAGUGAUGGUUUUGUGAGCUUUUAUUGUAUAUGUGCAUAAGAAAUUUAAUAUGUAUAUAGAAAGUAGACCUCUGAGUAUUGAGUAAUUGUUUUAUGACUUUGAUUUAUUCAGUUUACAUUUUCAUAGUAUGGGCCAUAUUUCGUUUAUACUGUUUAUUUCUUUUCAAACCAUUAAUAAUUAUACCAUAAAGUAUAAUUUUAUAGCAAUGCAAAUGUCUAAGGAACUACAAAUUUUUUUCUGCAUUGUAAAUACAAUAAAGCUUGCUUCUUUUGGCCUUU